AUGUUAUUCAAAAGUCUUACAUCACUCGCUGGACCAAAAGUAGGAGCUACUCAAAUGAAUGCCAAGAUCCAAGGAAUCUCUGGAUCGAGUGAAUGGAUAUUAUCAUCACCUGCACCUAGUUUAGCCAUUUUUCAACAUAGAUGUAAGGUCAGAAUGUCAAAAGAAUAA